GAAGUUAUAAUCAAAACGGGGGGGGGGUCAAGGUUUACCCCAGCUGAAGGAGUGCAGUCGGCACACUAGCACAACAUCAGCGAAUUGACACGAACGUAUAGCUCGAAUUUGCAAACGUUGAUUCUGUUACAAGUUAAUCAUGGCACGCCAGCUACAUGCUCGCAGAAUCGAGGGAAUUGACAAAAAUACAUGGGUUGAAUUUACACAGCUGGCUGCUGACUACAAGGUGGUGAAUCUAGGCCAGGGCUUUCCUGACUUCUCCCCACCAAGCUACAUCCAAGAGGCCCUCUGCAAAGCAGUCAACGGAGGAUGUUCAAUGCAUCAGUACACACAUGCUUUCGGCCAUCCCCCUCUUGUGUCGAUCCUGGCUAAGUUCUUUGGUAGAGUCGUGGGACAUGAGAUUAAUGCUUUCGAGGACAUCCUGGUCACUGUCGGAGCCUACCAGGCUCUCUUCUGCACCUUUCAAGCCCUGGUCGAUGAAGAAGAUGAGGUCAUCAUUAUUGAGCCUUUUUUCGACUGCUAUCAGCCAAUGGUGAAGAUGGCAGGAGGAAAAGGUGUCUAUGUGCCACUGAGGCCUAGAGUGGAGGGGGGCAAGGCCCUGACUAGUGCAGACUGGGUCCUAUCUUCUGAGGAGUUGGCCAGUAAAUUCAACCCACGCACCAAAGCCAUCGUCAUCAACACUCCCAACAAUCCAUUAGGCAAGGUGUAUAAGAGGGAGGAGCUCCAAGUGAUUGCUGACCUGUGUAUAAAGCACGAUGUGGUGUGUAUCAGUGACGAGGUGUACGAGUGGCUGACUUAUGACGGUGCCAAGCACGUGAAGAUAGCCAGUCUUCCUGGGAUGUGGGAGCGGACUGUCACGAUAGGAAGCGGAGGAAAGAGCUUCAGUGCUACAGGGUGGAAGGUUGGCUGGGCUAUUGGAGCAGGGCCCAUUGUAAAGCACCUGAAGACCGUCCAUCAGAACUCUGUGUACCACUGUGCCACGGCCGCUCAGGAGGCGGUGGCCCAAGGUUUCCAGAGAGAGUACGAGCUCUUUGGGACGCCAGAGAGUUACUUCCUGCAGCUGCCUGAGAUGCUGAAUCAGAAGAGGAAGAAGCUGGCGACCUGUCUGGAGAGUGUUGGCCUGCAGCCCAUUCUGCCCGAGGGAGGCUACUUCAUGAUAUCAGACAUCUCCUCUCUCAAGGUUGACUUGAAUGAUCCAAGCACUCAGGAUGAACCUCAUGACUACAGAUUUGCCAAGUGGCUCAUUAAAGAGAAGGGUUUGGCCACUAUCCCUGUCUCUGUUUUCUACAGCCCUGAGCACCGCAAGGACUUCCAAAACUACAUUCGGUUCUGCUUCGUCAAGGAGGACUCGACAUUGAACGCUGCUGAGGAUAUCCUAAGAAAGUGGAGUGACUGAAAAUGAAGGCGGCACAGACAACCCUUCCUGUUUUGCCUUUAUCCACCCUAGCUCAACUUAAGUCUGCUCCGUUGAACCGAGCCAUAUUCAACACCUCUGGAUUUGUUUACACUAUGUAGUACUGUAGGAAUAGACCUCCAUAGGAUAUUUUCCUUUGUCAACGUACACUGAGUGUCCUGAACAUCUUCCUAAUAUUGAUUCGCACACCUUUUUGCCCUCAGAACAGCCUCAAUUUGUUGUGGCAUGGACUCUUAUCCAAAGCGUUCCACAGGGAUGCCGGCCCAUGUUGACUCCAAUGCUUCCCACAGUUGUCAAUUUGGCUGGAUGGCUGUCAGGUGGUGGACCAUUCUCGAUACAUAUGGGAAACUGUUGAGCGUGAAAAACCCAGCAGCGUUGCAGUUCUUGACACAAACCGGUUCUCCUGGCACCUACUUCCAUAACCGAUUGAGGCACUUAAACAUUUAGUCUUGCCCAUUAACCCUCUGAAUGGCACACAUUCACAAUCCAUGUCUCAAUUGUCUCAACUUAAUAAUUGUUCUUUAAACUGUCCUCCACUUCAUCUACACUGAUUUUUGAAGUGGAUGGCCCAUAGCUUUCACCUGGAUUCAGCUGGUCAGUCUGUCAUGGAAAGAGCAGAUGUUCCUAAUGUUUUGGAUACUGUGUAUAUCUACAAUGUCAUGAAGACAUAUGUCGGCGUAGUCAGUCACACCCAGUUCUGAUUGUUCUAGUUGGCUGUUAUUUAUUUAUUUUUUUCAAAUCUGUCCUGCUACGGCAGUAAUCAACCACUUAGAGUAAUCAUCCGUCCUGCAUGGAUGUGAUCACCAUCCAGAGUGCACUAUAAUUUUAUCACAUUACUGUUGAUUUGAAUAUUUUUGUUUAACUGCUCUGAAUGACAUUAAUGCACAUUUAAAAAUGAGACCAAGGGAAAGAUGCGCAUUGAAUUUGCUGUCUUUGGUAGACAUCACUGUAUUUGAUGCUGUAAGGUUCUAAUUCUGAGUCUCCCCUUAUCAAUGCCUGCCACAUGUAAUCGCUUCCCUGCACUCAACACAUUUCAAGCUUAGUUGCACACAUUAUAUACCUUCCUCCUAUAACCAUUCACUUCUGUUGUAGAUCCUCUCUCAGUAACAUGAAGUAGAUUUCAUAUUCUCAGAACCCAACAAUGUCCUUCAAUCUUUUAGUGAUUUUUGUUGUUGUUGUAUUAUCAACUGGUGGUCUACUCCUCAGAAAUUGUCCCAAAGUGUGCUUAUUUGCAUAAAACUAUGCUGAUCUUGUAAAAAUAAAGAGUUUUGAAGCGGC